AUGACAUCCGCCGUUCUGACUCCCGCCGCCAAUGGCCUCGGUAUCAAGCAGAAACCCUACGGUACGCCUAACGGAUUCGCUGAUCUAGACAAGGCAGCCUCACACCUUCGAGCCCUCUACACCUCCGCAGGGCAAGAACACGUCUUCCACUUCUACGAUUCCCUUUCGCCGCCUGAGCAAGCUGCUCUCUUGACUCAACUUGGAAGCAUCGAUAUCAACCGAGUCAAUCGGAUUUAUCGCAAUGCCGUUGCGGCCGACCAAGCCAUCACACCUCCUACGCAUACCAUCCCUCUUGACGAUACCUUGGCUGUAGGUGGCAACAUGAUUGGUCGCUCGAGAUCACCUUCACCGACCGGUUCAUCCCCCCUCGACGAAGCUCAACCGCUUCCCCAAGCUGCAGUGGCCAGUAUCAUCGACAGCCCCGCCGAAGCCAGCAGAUGGCGAGGAAUCGGUCUGCAGGCAGUCGCUGACAAUCAAGUCGCCGUUCUGCUCAUGGCUGGAGGUCAGGGUACCCGAUUAGGUUCCGCCCUUCCCAAGGGAAUGUACGACAUUUCAUUGCCAUCCGGAAUGAGUCUGUUCGAGAUUCAAGCGACUCGAAUUAGACGACUUCAAUCCGUCGCCGAGAAGGAAUGUGGCAAACCCGUCGGAAGCGUCAAGAUCAAGUGGUAUGUCAUGACCAGUGGUCCGACGCGAGAGGCCACCGUAGACUUUUUCGAAAAGCGCAACUUUUUCGGUCUGAGCAGAGACAAUGUCAUCUUCUUUGAGCAAGGCACCCUUCCCGCUCUUUCUGACGACGGCAAGCUCCUCCUCUCCUCCAAAUCGUCUGUCGCCGUGGCUCCCGAUGGCAAUGGCGGUCUCUACGCCGCUCUUCGUCGACCGUACUCCCCUCACUCUAGCCGCACCGUCCUCUCCGACAUCAAGGACAACAACAUUCAAUACAUUCACGCAUACUGCGUCGACAACUGCCUCGUCAAGGUAGCCGAUCCAGUCUUCAUUGGCGCAUGCAUCGCUCGACAUGCCGCUGCCGGAGCGAAAGUGGUACGCAAACUCGAGCCCACAGAGUCCGUCGGCGUCUUGGCGAAAAAGGGCGAUGCGUAUGCCGUCGUCGAAUACUCUGAACUGAGCAAGGAGAAAGCAGCCAUGAGGACCGACGAUGGCAAUCUGGCGUUCUGGGCGGCCAACAUUGUCAGUCAUUUCUGGACCACUUCAUUCCUGGAGACCGUCGAAGCUAUGGAAGCAAAGAUGCCAUUCCACAUUGCGAGGAAAAAGAUCCCUACCAUUGAUCUCGACACUGGAGCGCCUAUCAAGCCAGACUCGCCCAAUGGCAUGAAGCUGGAAAUGUUCGUCUUUGACGUCUUCCCCUAUACCAGAUCCCUCUGCGCGUUGGAGGUCCUUCGAGCGGAAGAAUUCUCUCCGUUGAAGAACGCCCCAGGUUCUAAGGCCGAUUGCCCAGAGACGUCACGCAGAGAUAUCCUGGCUCAACAGAAACGAUGGUUGAUCGCUGCUGGUGCAGAGGUCCCCGAUGGAGUCGAGAUUGAGGUGACUCCCAAUGUCACGUAUGCCGGAGAAGGACUGGAUUUCGUCAAGGGCAAGAAGCUAAAGUCGGGAGUUUUGAACUCAGAAUCAGACUUGGCGAGCGUAUUGGCGUGA